AUGGCUGACUAACCAAAAUCAACUAGUGCUCCUUUCUUUGGAUUUGCAGGUGUAUCCCUUGCCUUAGUUUUAGCAAAUGUAGGUGCCGCUUACGGUACUGCUAAAGCAGGUUCAGGUAUCAGUAGUAUUGGUGUCUGGAAACCUUCUAUUAUCAUGAAAUCCCUCAUUCCUGUUGUCAUGGCUGGUAUAUUGGGUAUUUAUGGUAUGAUCGUUGCUGUCAUUCUAAUUCAAAAGAUUAGUAAGAGUAACUACACCGAUUUCGACGGUUACGCUCACCUCGCUGCUGGUUUAGCUUGUGGUUUGAGCUCUCUUGCUGCUGGUUAUGCUAUUGGUAUUGUUGGUGAUGCUGGUGUUAGAGCUAAUGCUUUAUAAGAUAGAAUUUUUGUUGGUAUGAUUCUUAUUCUCAUUUUUGCUGAAGCCUUGGGUCUUUAUGGUUUAAUUAUUGCUUUGAUCCUUUCUCAAUGA